GGGCCCAGGAGUUCGAGGCUGCAGUAAGGCGUGUUCUCACCACUGCUCUCAAGCUUGAGCGGCAGAGCGAGACCCUGUAUCAAAAACAAAACAAAACGAGAAGGCAUCGCGGCUCUGCAACAUUCCGUCCAGCUCUCGCACCCACAGUGCAAACUUCCACACGGAACUCUCGGCUCGCCUUGUCCUGCGGGGCUUCCUGGCGACGCCGUACCAUAAACAUGCAUAUACCCUCCUUGCCCUUGAAGGCCGGAAGUCAGUUUUACAGGUAAAAGGGCAAAACAGGAAGUCCCGCCCCUCUUUGAAAAGUCCAUGGUGGCCCGGAAGGAUAAAAAAGGAACCUGCGAUUUCGCCGCGUGAAUUGCUUUUUGCUGUUGGGAAGGUCUUCGCUGCUAGAGCGCGAGCCGGCGGGGCGACCUUGCAGUGCCGGGACUCGGCACCGCGCCCUCCUCCGCCGGUUGGUGGCCUGCGUGACCCUUUCCUCCCGUCGACGUGGAAAGGAAGCCGGACGUGGGCGGGCAGAGAGCUUCAUCCCAUUAGGAAUGGCAGCCCCAUCUAUGAAGGAAAGGCAGGUCUGCUGGGGAGCCCGGGAUGAGUACUGGAAGUGUUUAGAUGAGAACACAGACGAUGCUUCUCAAUGCAAGAAGUUAAGAAGCUCUUUCGAAUCGAGUUGUCCCCAACAGUGGAUAAAAUAUUUCGAUAAAAGAAGAGACUACUUAAAAUUCAAAGAAAAAUUUGAAGCGGGGGAAUUCCAACCUUCAAAAACAACUGCAAAAUCCUAGGCUGUUCAUAAAGAUUGAAAGUAUUCUUUCUGGACAUUAAAAAAAAAACCUCUACUGACUAUGGGACAGUAGUAGCUUAAAUCAUAGUGAACAUCAACACUUAUUCCCUGUAUACGACUCUUGAUAAUUAAGAUGAUCAAGAAUCAGAAGAUCUGUAAAAAAAUUGAAAUAAAAUGGUAUUUAUAAUUUAGUAAGGAAUCUCUGUUUUACAAAUUAAAACCGGUUAUAAACACAUGCA